AUGUCUGAGGCCAAGUCAAUGGCCCUCUCGCCUGCCCGAGCCUCGCACACGCAUGCUGUCACCUCCCGAGCCGCUCGCCUGUCAUCCAGAGUCAGGCCGCAAUCACGUCACCAGCUGUGUGUGGCCUGCGCAGGCACCCCGAAACACGAGGGCCACAAAGAGUGGAAAGCUGCGGUCGGACGCCGCCCCCCCCCCCCCCCGGCCCACUGGGCUCCAGGUACCGGCGGGCAAAGCCGGAAGCCGCAGCCCCCAGCCCCCAGCCCCGCGACCUUGAGGCCGGGCAGGUGCCGUAGGGCGCGGGAACCGGCCGCCCCUGAAGCCGGAGCCGCGAGCCGGGUCCCCAGCGGAGCCCGUUCAGCACCUGCGGGGCCGCUUCCCGGGACUCGGUGCCGCCCGCCCGGGGAAGCGCGGGUCCGACUCGGGGACGCCGAGAGCCAGAGCCGGAGCCGGAGCCGGAGCCCGGUGGGGGGCACGGGCGGCGGGCUGUGCGGGGCUGUGCGGAUACCGGGAGUCAGGGGCCGGGGUCGUGGACCCGAGGGCCAGGCGGAGGCCCGGGAGAGGGACCCGGAGGCCGGGCAGCGGGCGCCCCGCCCGCCAGAGCGCGGACCCCGCGGCACGGGCCGCCGGCCGAGCCCCCCAGGCCGCCUGACAGGGCCGGCGCCGCGCCUCCCGGACGGCCGAUUCCGGGGGGGAGGGGACGGGCCGGGACGCUGCCCCGCCGCCGCCCCCGCCGGUCCCGCCCGCGCCCCCGCGGCCAGUCCGCGCCGCCGCCCCUCCCCGGCGUACCUGAGGGCCCGCGACCCGCCGCCCGUCGCGCUCAGGCGGGAAACUCGCUCGCCGCCACCAUCCGCGAAGCGCCCAAAAUGGCGGACGUAUCAAGAAGGCUCGGAGUUUCCCCCCGCCCUCCCCCGGGCGGCCGGCAGCCAAUCAGAGCUCGGGACCCGCCCCCGGGGCGCGCUGAUUGGCCGUUGUCCCCCGCCCCCUGCUCCCGAUUGGGUCGCCGCGCGGCUCCGGCUCCCUCGCUCCCAUUGGCUCUCGGAGCCCGUCCGUCAAGUUCGAGGGGCGCAUUCUUUUCCCGUGGACUCGCCGGAGCCGGAACCUCUAGGACCCUGCAGUCUGCGGAAACAAAUCAGAGGCCGGCGCUCCCGGGCCGGGGCUCCCUACGCCGUAGCAACAGCAGGGCCUGCACUUGACAGACACUGCGGUCCGCCAAUCCGAUAG